GCUAGUAGCCAAGCUUGUUCAUGCUGCCUACUAUAGCCACGCUAAAAUAAAAAAAAACUUAUUUAAAACUCAUUAGUUCUAUUUUCUAACGAGCCGGUUAACAUUUAAGUGAGCUAUCCCUUCAGAGGUGGGCUAAAAAUACAAGCACGCCAAAUUUGUCAAGCUAUCCGCCAGCGGCUAGCAUUAGCUUCCGGUUAACUUCCGGGUUAGAACGAAACGAGUAGAAAAAAUGGCGGAGGCAGUGGUUAAUGUGGCCCGCAGGAUCAAUGCAACAGUCGAGGAAGGAAGAGAUUAUCUGGACUUGUCCAACUGCAAGCUCAUUUCAUUCCCCGAUGGAGUUUUCAAGGUCCUGAGCAGCGUGUCCAACAAUAUCCGGGUCAUCACAUUGGCCGACAAUGAACUGAAGGCCCUUUCCAGCAAGUUCUUCUCCACCUUCACACAGCUGAGAGAACUGGACCUGCACGGCAACGUUCUCACGAAGCUGCCCGACUCUUUGGAGGAGAUGAAGCACUUGACUAGCAUCAACCUGGCGAAUAACAACUUCUCUGUAUUUCCGGGUAAACUAACUGAAAUGGCCACUCUGGAGAGGAUUAACCUAGAAGAGAACAGCAUCACUGAAGUCCCUUUGGAGAAGCUAUCCGCAAUGCCUGCGCUGAAGUGGCUCAACGUGAUGGGAAACCCUCUAGACGCAAACACGCAAUCCGCUCUCAAAUCGCCAUACAAAUUUGACAUCUUGUCAACAAAGGAGUCCUAAAAAUUAUGUUUACGCCGCAUGUUGUGUGCCUUUCAGCCUUCCACUUGGAUACUUUAGUGUGCUGAAGUAGACAACACUACCUGGAAUCUUCUUACAUUGAGAUUUUUUCUUUUUUUGGAGCAGACAUUGACUUUUGGGUGGGAUAUUAUGGGAUGUAAUCAAUUAUUUAUUACUUUGGGUUAUAUAAAAGUUUUUCUUUUUCCCAGUUUCUAACUGUCAUGUUAUUUGUUGCUGUUUUUCACUCCUGGAUUGGAAUUGAUAUAUACAGUAUCUCUUUAUACAACCAAAUAUAUUUUAAUUAAGUGUCAUUAUUUGUGUAGGGGGGAAAUCAUUUUAGAUCACAAGUAAAUUAUUAUAUAAUUUUCACACAUAUGUAAAAAAAAAGUGUACAGGUACAAAUUAAGCCCCCCCUCCUCAAAUACACCUUGCAUUUUUUAAUUUAUUUUAUUCUUAUUUUUUUUCCCAAGCAAAAAAUUCCGCUAAAAAUAAAAUCUAAGUAUAUUCAUCGUUGUCCAACGCAAAACAUGUACUGUACUAUAUCUCAAAAUUUUGACAUUUUUUAAUUAAAAUUCUUUG